AUGGACGUGGUAACUAUAGGACUUAUGAGUUUGAGGGAGGCUGUCUUCGCUGUAUUAGAGAGCGUGUUCCUGGUUACUGCUCAUGUGUGGAUUGAACGUUUUAAAACAAGGAUGACCGAGUGGUUGAGUUUGAUGGUCCAAAAAGAGGCGAAAACGAACGGCAAAAAAGCUGGAGCGAGUGAGGCCGAACGUGAGGAUACGUAUGACCGAGCGGUAUGGCGCCGAGUGGCAUGGGAGGCUGAGUGGUUGAAACCAAAAGGUCGAACAAAUUUGAGGCUGAACGAACAACUUCCUGAACGCUCGAAAACAUGGAUUGAAACAGGUAUGGAGUUGGUACUAAAUUCGUCAGAUGAAGAUUUUAUGGUUGCUAUGUUAUACUCGCUCUCAAAACUGGCUUGCAUUUUAAUUCCUUUAACCUCUUAUCAGGUGGACUUUCUUCUUUUGUUUCUCAAUCGAGAAAGAACUUCACAUGUAAAAGAAACAGCAUUAAGAUGCUUGUAUUUUUUAUUCAGAAGAGGAUUGUGUGAGAACUCAGAUAAUUCAGGUAUAAUUCGUGGGCUGUUUUCCAUAAUGGAGGAACCUGAAAUUUCAAUGCCCAUGCAAUAUAAAGCUCUAAGGGUCUUGCACAAGGUCCUUCUUUCUAUUCCGCCUUCUUCACUUCACAUGGAACUUCGUGAGUUUAUGAGGCUUCAAACUAUUAUUGAAAACACAAGUCAAUAUCCAGGCUCGAGGAAGAGCUGCUUGGCCAUUUGUAUUCUAGCAGAUUUGUGUUGUAGGACAAAGGACAGAGCAGCAAUUGAGAAUGUUUUUGGUUGUUCUUCCCUUCCAUCACAUGUUAUCUCUUUAAUCAAAGAUCAUAUCAAACUUUUGUUGAUGCCAUUGUUUGAAGAUUCUCAAAAUGAUUUGACAAUUUGUCAGGAGCUCCAGCGUCUGCUAAAGAUUCUUUUAACUGUUGUUGAAAAUCAUCCUUCUCUUGGUUGUUUGGUACUUGAUAACAUAAAAGAAGUGAUUGAAUAUUAUCUUGUGACUGUUGCAUCUACUGAUCGUGCAGUACGAUCAACUCAUCUAGCUGUAAAUUUUAAAGGGAAAAAGCAAAAUUCCUUUAUUUUUAAAUUUCUUUCCAAAAUAUACAGAUUUCUGGUGGCAUGCCUUGACAACCUUUAUGUAGUUGGUGCUAUCGAUACUGAAGUGAUAAGUAAAGUGAAUAUUUUGGCCGAAAUUGUAUGCCAGUGUAGUUUAAUUGAUUGCUAUACAUACUUAUUGUACCAUUUGCUAUUGCACAGUCAGCCUAUAUGUGAUGGCUUAGUCCAUGAGAAUGAUGAAACACAUCCGGCGAGUUGUCUUAUUAAAUGCACAACGUUUGUAAACAAAGUCUUGACAGGAACAAAUGGCUGGACUGCUUACAAGGUUGGUGCUCAUGCAGCGUGUCAGGGUGAAUGGUCGAUGGCUACUAUUAUAUUCAGGACAUUAAUACAGAAAGUGAAGUCUGUUUCUUGCUGUAGCUGGUUAAAUGCAUUGUUUCAUUAUUCUAAUUCUGAAGAAAAAUUCCAACUUCCUAAGCAGCCAAAACAGGGAACCACAUCAAUAAUAGAGUUGGUGGGGACUAUUGAAUUUCCUUUAUCAUGUGAUUACAAGGAUGAUAUAUGUCCAAGACUUGCCAGGAAAAUUUAUGAUUGUAAUUACUAUGAUCAGCUUACUCAGUCUCAUAUGGAAUUGUGCUCCUCCUUGAAAAUCUUGGAAGCCUCUGCAACAAGUUCUCAAGAAUUUUGUUUCCAGAGGUGGUUUUUAUCAUUAAGAGCUAGAGUGUUGGAAAAUUUAGUGUGUGUGGUUAAAACUUUGAGGGAAGUUUUAUUGAACGUGGAUCAGAAUUUAAAUCAGGUAGAGACCGAGAGUAAUGAUAAGCUUCAAUUCCUGAAGUCUUGUCAAGAUUUUAAUCAAAUUUCUUUACAACUGUUCAGACUAGCAGAAGAAUUUAAUCUACUUAGAGCAUCUUUCAUUGGGAUGGACAGUGAAAGUUCUGAAGUCCUUGCAGCUCAUAGUCUGAGUUCUUCAGUAUUAGCAUUUGUAACUGCUUUUGGAGUGUCUAAUAUAGACCAAAAUUCUCAUAGAAUUUUUGUUGGUGUCAAAUCCUCUAGUAAUUUACAGGCUUUCACAAUACAAAAUUUACAGAGGCUAUUUUGGUGUGUGGAUAAUAGAACCAGAGCGAGUUUCUCUUUGCUGUUGAAUUAUUUUGACCUAAAUGAGAAUUGUUUAUUUCCAGGAUCCGGGUACCGAGCUUGUAGCAUUAGGUAUAAAGACAGAGAGGUGGUCAAUGUUUGUACUUAUGUUGUCUCUAGUGCUGUAUGCUUGCUUCAGAAAACUGCAUCUGAGUUUACCAAGAAUGCUUUGUCACUAGUUUCUAGUACUUUGAUAAAAUUGAUGCACAUUCAUCUUGGGAUUCCAAAGUACUUCUUCAAAGUAAGACCAUUCAUUGGGGCAGAACUUUUUCUCCACAAUGAGGACUCUGUUAAUGGGGUUGAAAUAUCCGUUGCACAUGGCUCCCACAUCACAUUGAAUAUUUGUCUUCAAUUAAAGAACGUGCCACUAAACCUGCUGGUUAAGUCAACUAAGUGUUACUGCAUCCUUCAUUGCAGUACGUCCUUCCUUGUCCCAUGUGGACAAACUUUGGGGCACUCACAGUCUAUAUCUGAAGCUUGGAAAGAUGGUGAAAUAUUUGAACUGAACCAGAAGUUGGUUUGCCAUGUCUUGGAUGGUGUGGCAGGAAAGAGAAGAAUUGGUAUGCACAGUAGGGCCCAUGGUAAUAGUGUAGCUGUGGAGACAUUCAUGGAUUUUAGACCUAAUGAGAAAGGACAGGGGUUUUUGUUGGAACAAUCGGUUCUUAUAGAAUCAAGUGGCAUAGCUGUCUGGUUGAUAGUCAAGAUUCAUAUUGAAGUCUCCUUCCUUUGA